UCUAGGUUGCAUAUGAGUAAACUUUUUCUUACAGGUGGAAUUCCUAAAAGAUAUAACCUGCCUAGCAAGUGAGGAAAAGAACCUGCUCAACUCAGAGAUGCUGGAUAUCCACUGUGCAUCUGUUGGCCUCUGCAGUCUUUACCAUUUGAAGGGAGACAGGAGGACCAAGAGCUGGCAUAUAAAGAGACUUUUAUGCUUGCCCAGAAUUUUCCCAGUCUGCAACAGUUUCCCCUCUUAAUGCUAUUACAAAGAUCAAACACAAACCAAACAAUUCACACUGGUUUAUCUAAUUUGAAGAAAACUCAAAUGAGUUCUGUUGUGUUUUGUUUGCAGAACAGAGUGUUCUGACAGCCCCUGCAUGACAGAGAGGACCAGCAAGCAGACGGUGCAGUGCUGUUUACCCUGAAGAAGAGUGUGUGUGUUGGAAAGCGCUGACCCUUCUAAUGGAUCGCAUGGAGCUGCAAAAAGUCAACAUCGAACCUGAUGACCAGAGCAACAGUGGGGAAAGCCUUGAAGACAACUACACAGGGCUGGCUGAUUCAGAAAAGGCUGCAAUCAGCAGUGUCUUUGCUAGUGAUGAUGCAGAAAGUCAGAAGUUCCUUACAAAUGGAGAUCUGGAUAAAAAGAAAUUAGAAGACUAUAAUGAAGAAUAUCACCGGGGGAGAACUUCCUUUGGAAUGUCCUCGUUCAACCUCAGCAAUGCCAUUAUGGGCAGCGGCAUCUUAGGGCUCUCCUAUGCCAUGGCCAACACAGGAAUUAUCCUUUUCAUAAUUUUGCUGCUCAGCGUAGCAAUAUUGUCACUCUACUCGGUACACCUCUUACUGAAAAUAUCAAAAGAAGGAGGUUCGUUAAUAUAUGAAAAACUGGGAGCAAAGGCAUUUGGCUGGCCUGGGAAGUGUGGUGUUUUCAUUUCAGUCACAAUGCAGAAUAUUGGAGCAAUGUCAAGCUACCUCUUUAUUAUUAAAUAUGAACUUCCUGAAGUCAUCAGAGCAUUUAUGAAACUUGAGGAGAAUUCUGGAGAAUGGUAUCUUAAUGGGAACUACCUCGUCAUACUUGUAACAGUUGUGAUUAUUCUUCCCCUCUCCCUUCUAAAAAGCUUAGGUUAUCUUGGUUAUACGAGUGGGUUUUCGCUGACCUGUAUGGUUUUCUUUGUCAGUGUGGUAAUCUUCAAGAAAUCCCAAAUACCUUGUCCUCUUCCCAUCCUGGACCACGGGGUUGGAAACUGGACCACCGCCAAUAGCACAGURCCAAUGCACCUGGUCAUGUUAACAAAUGAUUCACUCGGUUCUGGUGUGAAUUUCAUGAUGGACAACACAGCUAGGCACUUCCCAGGCCUUGAGGAGCCAAAAGACACCUCUCCAAAAAGCGGAGUGGAAUAUGAAGCACACAGUGACAAUAGYGACAAGUGCCAGCCAAAAUACUUUGUGUUCAACUCACGGACUGUCUAUGCAAUACCCAUCCUGGCAUUUGCAUUCGUAUGCCACCCUGAGGUGCUGCCAAUAUACAGUGAACUGAAAGAUCGCUCUCGAAAGCGGAUGCAGAAUGUCUCAAAUAUCUCCAUCACUGGCAUGCUUAUMAUGUAUCUUCUGGCUGCCCUCUUUGGAUACCUGACCUUCUACGGAGAAGUUGAAGAUGAGCUACUUCAUACAUACACUAAAGUGUACACCUUCGACACCCUCUUGCUGUCAGUUCGCUUGGCAGUGCUGGUGGCCGUGACCCUGACUGUGCCCCUUGUCCUUUUCCCUAUCCGUUCAUCUAUCAGUGCAUUGCUGUUUCCCAAAAGGCCAUUCAGCUGGAUAAGACAUUUCCUGAUUGCAGCAGUCAUUCUGGCUUUUAAUAAUCUGCUUGUAAUUUUUGUCCCAACUAUUAAAGACAUCUUUGGAUUUAUYGGAGCCUCUUCUGCUACGAUGUUGAUUUUCAUCCUCCCUGGUGCCUUCUACCUUCGAAUCGUUGAGAAGGAACCCCUGAGGUCUCCUCAGAAGAUUGGGGCUCUAAUUUUCCUCAUAGUUGGCAUAAUCUUCAUGAUUGUGAGUAUGACUCUUAUUGUAAUGGACUGGAUUUACAAUCCCCCAAGUUCGAGACAUCAUUAACCUGUGAAGACAACCAAGUGAUUUUUAUAACAUAAAUAAUUGUGUUGUGUGCUCCGAAGAACAUCUACAUGGGACUGUUAUUCCUAGCUAGUAACUGCAGUACUUUGAAGACAGUUUCUGAUACGGUCACAAGAACACAGUGGAGUCUACAUCAUCCUUGUCAAUAAGGAUUGUUAUUUAUGCAUUAAGAACUUGAGCUUUGCAUUUCUGGCCAGGUGAAAUGAAAUGUGUGGUGUGAAUAUUUUCUAUUUCCAAAACCAAAAUAACUUUGUACAUAGUCCUCAAAAAUAUCUUGGUGUCAASCCUGUCAAAAUCUCCUGUCAUGACAGUAACCACAGUUCCUAGAGCCUURGAAAGGAGUGGCCAGAAAACCAGCCACUUGUUUUCUAUCUGAACAUCAUGGGAGUGGCUGCUCAGGUGCUUGAGAAUCAGUACAGCUUCUGGAGGGCCUGUUUAUCAGAAAGAUAACGGCUUUGACAAGCCAGUGGACAAAGCUGAGUGUCAGAUKUGUUGCCCAAAUUGGUGGCCCUUGGCUGGUGAYGGCUGUGGUACAGAAUAGAGYUCUCUGAAGCAGAUUCUGUGCUAGGGCACAUGCUUGAAGAACAGUGGAGCAUUCUCAUUUUGUUGUUAAAGCUGCCUGUGCUGGAAACAUCAGUCAUUUCUGCUGUAGGGGUUUUUAUGUUCUUUAAUUUCUAACUAUUGUGUGAGCUUGCAUCACUGAACAAGUUGUAUCCUCCAUAAAAACUUGUCUUCCACUCUCACAGGAAUUUAAGGAGACCAUAAGGUGUUGCAAAGCACCCUAUCCAGUAUUGUUCGGUACUUGUGUAUUUGAUAAAUGUUCAGUGCAGGAAACUGUAAUUUGCUAUAUAUGAAGAYAUAUGUAUUUAUGUACAUAAUUUUUUGUUUUCCUCUAGUCAUAAGAAUGGUAUCCUGUGGUAAAUGAUUUUUGAUUUUUUUUUUUAUGUAUCACUCUGUUUUCAUAGCCACCCACUUAAUAUUGUUUCGAGGAAACAUAUUGAAUUGGUGGGUUUGUAAACAGUACAUUUUUAUUCACCAGUGUUCGAAAYAUUCCUGUAGCAAGCCCUAACUGGUACUUGUGUAAAAACACACUCAUAUGUUUACUACUUAAGUUGCAAUAAAUUGCAAGAUGUUUUCCUCUUAAGAAUUUUUAAUAYAUGCCUUAAAGUUUUGUUGUUACCAUUGUACAUCACAAAUUUGAAUUACUUGCUCAAUUGCAGGACAGCAUCUUGUCUACGAAUACAUCAGCAUCCAGAAACAUUCUAUACAAUCAAAUUAUGCAAAGGAAAYAGCACUAUUGACAAUCUCAAGUGUAUCAUGCUAUACAGCUGUACAAGAUAGAAAAAAAAAAAAAAAGGGUUACAUUCUGUGUUAUAUUAAUGCUUAAUUAACAGUCAGCUCAUUAUCUGGGCUGUGUUGUGGAGUACUCAUUACAUAUGCUCUCUGUACACACCAGGGAAAAGCAGCCAGAGAGGUCUUGCCAGCUCCGUAGCAGAGGGAAUGAGUGGGAAGGUGUGACUGUUGGGUUUUAUCAUGCUUACAAGAAUCUAAGCUCAUGUAGUAGGAGUUUUCAUUUUCUGACUUAGAAAUGUGUUGAGUGCACACCUGUGAAUUCAGAAGGCUGAGAAGCACUCAAAAGUUGUCUCUGCUCCCUCCUCAGCUUCACGCAAAAUUCUGUUUGUGUGUGUGUCUGUGUGAGUAUAAAUUGUGUACAUUUACAGAUUAACUGGAAAGGAAUAUCAAAUAUAUAUUCCAUGUCAAAUGCUACCCUUCUGAGCAGUAGUAUAUGCUCACUUGAGUACUGUAUCCUUAAUAUACUGGGAAACACUUCCUUGUGAAUGCUAAGUCUGGCUUUGCAUUUUUUAAAGAAAACAGUGCCAAUAAUAUUUUUCUCUCUUUUAAGCAGACUAAUACAAAUAAUGUUGUUUUAUUACUGAAGAGACUUUUAACAUGGGCUAGAAUUAAUAGUAACAUGCCACCAUACCUCUCUUCUUGUUACCAUUACUGGCAGUCGUGUGUAUGAAAUUGUAACUGCAUCUUUAUUUCAGAGUGAAAGCCCAUAUCAUGACUACAGCUGCAUGUAGAGACUUAAGGAUACAUCUAGUCUACAAAAUAUAUAUAGAUGACCUCAAGAAAAGCAACAGAAUUGUGGAACAAGGACAUAACCACUCCCUUUUUAUAGAAAAAAAAAAAAAAAAGCCCCAGAGGUAGAGGGGCUGUAAAAUGUCAAGUUUUUGAGUUAAAAUAUGUUGGUCAUAGUGAUAUGCAGUGACUGUGCACACUGGGAGUAACGGCAGUAUUUCUCUAGUAUUAGUAUUUCACUAACUUAUUAGCACUGCUGGGAAUGCUGGAUGUUGGGGUUUCUUAUUCAUUUUGUAACAUUGACAGUAGGCUUGCUGAGRAUUUUUAUUAUUAGACCAACCAUUAAUGUAUAAUAAAUGAAUUUUUCAGA